AUGGUUCUUUUAUUGAUUUCUAUCGUUCGUCUUUUUGUUUCUCUCUUUCUGUUUUCCGUUUCGUCUCGUUCUUUUUGCUUUGCUUCCGUCUUCCUGUUUCGUUUCUGUGAUUUGUUUCGUUUUCCGUCUUUCUUUUUCAUUUCUGUCUUUUUGUUUCAUUUCCGUCUCCCUGUUUCUUUUUCGUCUUUCCGUUUCAUUUCUGUCUGUCUGUUUUGUUUCGUUUUUUUUUCUGUUUCGUUUUCGACUUCCAGUUUCGUUUCCGUCUCCCUGUUUCUUUUUCGUCUUUCCGUUUCAUUUCUGUCUGUCUGUUUUGUUUCGUUUUUUUUUCUGUUUCGUUUUCGACUUCCAGUUUCGUUUCCGUCUCCCUGUUUCUUUUUCGUCUUUCCGUUCCAUUUCUGUCUGUCUGUUUUGUUUCGUUUUUUUUUUCUGUUUCGUUUUCGACUUCCAGUUUCGUUUCCGCCUCCCUGUUUCUUUUGGUCUUUCUGUUUCCUUUCUGUCUCACUGUAUCAUUUCCGUUUUUUUUGUUUCGUUUCCGUCUUUCAGUUACUUUUCCGUCUUCCCCCUCUCUCUCUCUCUCCCUCUCUCUCUCUCUUUUUCUCUCUAUGUUACUCGCAAAAUACCCACCCACCCAUUGAUCUAUCUAUCUAUCUAUCUAUCUAUCUAUCUAUCUAUCUAUCUAUCUAUCUGUUGUAG